AGCGUUUCGAAGAUUCUGAGUUAAUGAGGAACGUGUUUUGACAAUAUUUCAACGAUUUUAAGUCUUUUUAUCAGAAUAUUAACGUUUGGAUACAGAAUUUUGGCAAAGAAAUUUUGUUUAAAUCCAUUAAGUGGAAAAUGAUUCGACGUCAGGCUAGAUUGAGAAGGGAGUAUAUUUAUCGGAAAUCCAUUGAGGACAGGGAAAGGACAAUACUUGAAAAGAAACAAAGACUUAAAAGUGCUCUGGAUGAGAACAGACAGAUACCUUCUGAUCUACAGGACGAUGCUAUACCUAUUCAGAAAACUCUAGACUGGGACGAUGAGGGAGCUGAUGGUAAUACAACCCAUAUAGAUGAUGAGUAUAAGUGGGCCGGUGUUGAGGACCCUAAAAUCAUGGUAACUACUUCCAGAGACCCUAGCUCAAAACUCAAACAGUUUGCUAAGGAAGUGCGUCUUCUGUUCCCCAAUUCCCAAAGAAUAAAUCGUGGUAAUUAUGAGAUAAAGCAGCUUGUGGAUGCUUGCCGAGCCAAUGAUGUCACAGACCUUAUACUGGUACAAGAACAUCGAGGUGUGCCAGAUGGUCUCGUUAUAUGCCAUCUACCAUAUGGACCAACAGCGUACUUCAACCUGUCAAACGUUGUGAUGCGACAUGACAUUCCAGAUACAGGCACGAUGUCCGAGGCCUACCCCCACUUAAUAUUCAAUAAUUUUUCAUCAAAACUUGGAAAUAGGGUGAAGAGUAUCUUGAAGUACCUGUAUCCAGUACCUAAAGAGGACAGCAGAAGGAUAAUGACAUUCUCCAAUGAUGAUGACUUCAUAUCAUUCAGACAUCAUGUUUAUAAGAAAGUAGAUGGAGGAAAAGAUAUCGAGUUAGAAGAGGUUGGACCAAGAUUUGAAAUGAAAGUUUACCAGAUAAUACUUGGAACACUGGACACAGUCUCGAGCUCAGAUGUAGAAUGGGUGUAUAGACCAUAUAUGAACACUGCAAAGAAAAGAAAGUUUUUGACUAAUGAAUGAAAUUAAGUUUCAGUCAAUAUGCUAUCAUUCAGUAGAUAUGUGUAAAGUUUGAAGUACGGAACUGUAUGGUUAUCAAAAUAUUAGGAAGUUAAGUCCUAAUAGAAUGAUUUAAGUAGUGCAUCGUAUUCUGUCUUUACCACACCACAUACAGGAAAAGAAGAGAAGGGACUCGUAGCCAAGUGAUGGUCAGUUCUUCACCAAUGUGACUGACUUUCUCAUAAUUUCUGAAAUAAUGCUUGGAAGGGCAUUUAAACAUGUAGCCCUUGAAUGAAGUAGGAAUGUAUUCAUAACAACAUGACCCUUAGUUUGACUUUCAUACUAAGGCAAUAUUAUGAAACUGUUUUUCCGAGGAAAAAAGUCUUGCCCUUUUUAGCUAAUAAAAAGCUUUACAGUUUGAAUUGACACGGUAUUUUUCAAAAUAAAUGUAGUUGCAAAUGCAAAUUAGUACAUAUAGUUAGGAUAAAAUUUUGAGCUGCACCAUGAGAAAACCAACAUAGUGCAUUUGCGACCAGCAUGGAUCCAGACCAGCUUGCGCAUCCGUGCAGUCUGGUCAGGAUCCGUGCUGUUCGCUUUCAAAGUCUAUUGCAAUUAGAGAAACCAUUAGCGAACAGCAUGGGUCCUGACCAGACUGCACGGAUGCACAGGCUAGUCUGGAUCCAUGCUGUUCGCAAAUGCACUAUGUUGGUUUUCUCAUGGUGCGACUCAUAUAUUUUGGAUGACAGUAUAUAAUACGAGCUUUACAAUAAUAAAAUGAACCUGUGCUUUUGUGCACUCACUGACAUUAUAAGUGCAGUAUGUUGGGAAUUAUAUGGUACAGACACUAUGUGAAUAUACUGUAGCUGUGACAAACAGCCUGUUUACUGUCUGUCAGCAGUUUUUAUGACAAUGACUGACUUAGCAGUGAGAAAGUUGAGAAUGCAACCAGUGGUUGCCAGUCUGUUUUGUUGUCUACAGAUUUAUAUUAAGAAAAGAAUCAUUUUUGUAACUAAGUGCGUCGUGUUCAGCUUAGUUCUAUUUAUAGAUUUACAACAGGAAUGCAUUGUUGGUGUUUUCAGAUGACUGUACAGUAGAUAUAUAAAUUGUUAAUUAAAUUUGUUGAGUAACACAGGCCCCAUGAAAACUCAGCAGAUUUUGAUGUUCAGAUAAUAACACAAUGAAUUUAUUUUAAGAUUUUACCAGAUUUUGUCACAUUUAUGAAACUUUGUAAUAAUGUGCUUGUUAAUCAUAAAUAAAUGUUUCAUGAUGUGAUUGGUGAUAAUAAAUUUUGUUGUUGAAGAA